ACAAGUUUGUGCGGCGCUGAGUGUGCCUGAAGGUGCACGCCUGGCAUGGGCCGGGGCCCGCCCUUCACACGGAGUCCACCCGGGCCCCCCUGGGGCCUGCGGAGGCCAGGCUGGGCUGCAUGACAGGGAAGCCAGCCUUGAAGGGCAGACUGCAGGGCCUGGGAAUUUGCUUUGGUGCGCUGUCAAGGUUUGAGAACCUGGAACCUGAGGGCCUGGAAAGGCCUCGCAUGUAGGGCGGGGAUUGGCUCCUCCCAGUCGGGCCCGGGGGGGCGGAGUCGUGGCCCCAGACAGGACGGAGUGGGGUCUGUGGCACCCACCUCCCCCGGCUCCCGCCCCCAGUGGAUCAUGGACGUGCUCGUCUGCAACGGGCUGGGCAUCUACUGCGGCAUGAAGACCCUCGAGUGGCUGUCCCUGAAGACGUACAAGUGGCAGGGCCUCUGGAACAUCCCAACCUACAAGGGCAAGAUGAAGAGGAUCGCCUUCCAGUUCACGCCCUACAGCUGGGUGCGCUUCGAGUGGAAGCCCGCGUCCAGUCUACGCCGCUGGCUGGCCGUGUGCGGCAUCGUCCUGGUGGUAAGGCUGACGGCCUCCCGCGCGCGGCCCCCGGGCACCGGGCUCACCCCCACCCUCCUCUGCCCCCAGUUUUUGUUGGCAGAACUGAACACGUUCUACCUGAAGUUCGUGCUGUGGCUGCCCCCCGAGCACUGCCUGGUCCUCCUGCGGCUGGUCUUCUUCGUCAACGUGGGCGGCGUGGCCAUGCGGGAGAUCUACGACUUCAUGGACGACCCGAAGCCCCACAAGAAGCUGGGCCAGCAGGCCUGGCUGGUGGCGGCCAUCACGGUCACGGAGCUGCUCAUCGUGGUCAAGUACGACCCGCAGACGCUCACGCUGUCCCUGCCCUUCUACAUCUCCCAGUGCUGGACGCUCGGCUCCGUGCUCGCCCUCACCUGGACCGUCUGGCGCUUCUUCCUGCGGGACAUCACCCUGAGGUACAAGGAGACCCGGCGGCAGAAGCAGCGGAGCAGGGCCGACGGCAGUGUGGACGGCGGUGUGGACGGGCACGGGCACCCGCCUGGGCCGGACGACUCCUUGGGGCCCGAGGAGGCCGCGAGGGAGGGGGUGCCGGCUCCAAAUUGAGAACGGACGCUGCGCCUCAGCCGCGUGGAGCCCGGGCCCGCCGCCCUCCAUCUGCUGGGAUUCCCGCUGGGCCUCAGCCCUCAAGGUUUUCUUUUCCUUUUCUCCCACAUGCACAGUGGGGCCAGGC